GAAAAGUAAGAAAAUUUAUAAAGUACUGAUUUUUCAUGAGCUGGGAAGAAAAUCAACACGAUCGAAAUAAAACCAAUCUAGAGUGCGGUGACGUUUUGAGCUCAACAGUUGUCAAACCACCACAAGACGGCAAGACAAAGCUUGCCGGGACAGCUAGUGUUUGAUAGAUAUUAAAUUAUAGUUUUCUGAAAAGUACGUUGAAAGUGCCGAAUUGUGUUUAGGUAAAAUACAUGUGUAAAUAUACAAGUUGUACCUCGGGUCAAGAGAGCACCCCGUUUUUAUAUUUUUUUUAUCAGAAAAAUCCAAAUAUGGUAACUUUAGGUAUUAUCGGCGGGCUUGUUCUCUUCGUCCUGGGAGGUUUUUGUCGGUCAAAUUACUUGAAACUUGGUUAUAUAAUUCAUCUUUGUUGGAAAGGAUUUUAGACUAACUCUGAGUUCAACAGGUUAAAAUAAAAAACAUAACAAAGCUGCCGAAAAUACGUAAGUUUCCCUAUUUCUAUGAUGUAUUAUUUUUAGGUUUUGAAAUAUUUUUUUUUGUUUUGAAAAUAGAUAACCAUAUCACAUAACACAGGCUAUUCUAAAGUUGUCAUAUAUUAAAAGUGUCCUGGGUAUUUUUAACGAAAAAACGAAUUUAUUUACAUAUUUCUUGCCCCUAAACACAAUUCGACCCAUUCAACAUAUUUUUUUUUCUCAAAAAGCAACAAUUAAAUAUUUUUCAAACAAAAAACGAAUUUUAUAACUUUAAACCCACCAAUUAUCACGAUAUUCGGAGACCCCUUAAAUCGUCUUUCUAUGGAAUGGCUGUAUUCUCGCAAUAUAGCUUUUUCUAAAAUUCUGUGGAUAAUCGGUUCAAGUUUUGUUUUUUUUUUCUUUAAGUUACACUCAAGUUAACCCUUCAGGACGCGCAUCGUUGUAAAAAGUACAACACCGCUAAAAAAAACCUCGCUCGUCGUAUACAGCGUGAGCGCGUUGUAGUUUUAGGGUAAAAAGGCGCGUGUUCUGGAAGGUUAAGAUAAAAGGAUUCAAUAAUAUCAAAACAUUAUCAUUGAAAUAAUUUGAAAGAAAACACAAGUAAUCAAGCAAUUCAUGGUUGUUUGUUUAUAUUCUUUGUAAAUUUGCAAAUUUGUUCUAUUUUCCAGGACAGCUUGUACAUUGUAUUCAUUUUUCAAAUUAAAUUAUUAGUACAUGUGAUAUACGGUCCGUAACCAACCAUAGCGAUGGAAUGUUAAGCACUCCCCAAGUAAUGGAAAAUUGCAGCUUAUUGCGAGGGCUACAUAUUCGCUGAAUGUUGUCAUCCCGAGCAAACAUCCUGUCCCAUGCAAUGCAUCAUCGCCAACAUUGCUGAUGGGCUACUUGGGGGGAAACCCCAAAGCCGAAACACUUCCCUCACGUGUGCGAAGUGUCCAAAUAAAUGGAUCAGGUCUCAUGACAGACCCCCCAAAUGUCACACUUGGACGUCAGACGUGAUUGAAGCGAGUUGAGUGGGUGGAUCCAGCACAAUCUUCAGAGAGAAAAAACACAUAAUGGACUGGACCCUGAGAUCGUUGAUCAAGUGCCAUGGCUAUUGGACGGCUCUUUUCUGCUGCACAAUUGUGGUUUGGUGGACCUGGUUUACACUAGAUCCGGAGCGUUCGAUAGGAUUCGUUAAAGCACAUAAUAUUCGAUAUUUUGGUAUCCCAGCUUUGAUCUUUGGAAUGCUGUGGACUAUGGCAUGCGUCGCAUUGGUGGUAGCAAUCUACAAGGAAAGCUUGUUUCUCCUAUGCCCAUUUUCAACAAUGUUCCUAAUAGAAUUCGGCGCGCUACUCUGUCGAGAUAUUUAUCUAGUGGCAAGUCAUCAUAACAUGGAUGAAACCUACCUUUUCAAUCUAUCUGCACCGGGCAGGCUGUAUCUGUCGUGCAUUCUAUAUGUUGUUCCAAACAUUGCAUUCAGCUUGCUGGCGUUGAAGCAUAUUUUUCAGGAUGAGAAGAAGAUAGCUGGACAAGAUUCAGAUUAUUUUAUUAGUUGAGACACGAGUAGUGGCUAAAGGUGUUUUCUUAUAUUUUUAUUUAUUGUUCUACAUAUAUUGCUUGUAUUUAUUUAGAGUUGGCUUAACGUAGAUUAAUGUAAAUCAGUAUUAUGUAAAUAAUAAAUUACUUUUUGAGAUUCAUGAACAACUUUUAGGAAUUUCGAAGAAAAUAUAUCAAAUGUAAAAAAUACGUAAGGCAGAAGUACGAUAGCCGUAAUAGUGGAUAGGCAUAUUUUCCUAUUCCUUAUGGCAUCCCAAGUAAUAAAAAGUUUGAGCUAAGCAGCUUGUUGGAGGUAUGCUCUUGUUCUUUCUUAGCAGCUUCAUUUUUAAGUAAUUUCGGAACUUAAAAGUUCACAUACGGAAUUAAAAUAGCCUUCUAAGGAGUUUGUGAUGGUAUGGUAGGGCUCUCACACAGCAGCUGGGAUCCAAAUAUUUUUUUAAUCUGUACUUCAUAAUCAUUGAUUUGGUAAAUUGAAAUUCGUUGAUUAUGAAAAUUUAUAUAAAAGUUGACAAAAAAAAUCUGUAGAACAUCAUCUGUAGAAACAAUCACUGCCAAAAAAUCUGUAGAAGUCACUGAAAUGAACUUCUAAGAACAUGAAAGUUUCAACAAAGUUCCGAGUA